UUGUGAAAGCCGUUUACUGAUGUCCGCUGUGGGAACAGAUAGCCGUACUUUGCACAUUUUGCAGCAUUUUUAUUUGUUUAGUUCUGUUCACCUCCAAGGAGCUGCAUUAACAUCUACUGAUAGAAGGUCGACGGAACUCAUGUUAAGAGAGUAGCUUGUUGGGAGACGUUCAUCCAGAGAGUUGGUGGAAAAGGAGCCAAAUGGGAAACCUUUUAAAAGUUCUUACAUGCACAGAGCUUGAUCAGGGACCAAACUUUUUCCUUGACUUUGAAAAUGCACAGCCAACGGAUUGUGAGCGGGAGGUGUGGAACCAGGUCAUCGCUGUCCUGCAGGACUCCGAGAGUAUACUUACCGAUCUGCAAGCAUACAAAGGAGCGGGACAAGAAAUACGAGAUGCUAUUCAAAAUCCAAAUGACAUCCAACUGCAGGAGAAGGCUUGGAAUUCAGUGUGCCCCCUGGUUGUCAGGCUGAAGCGGUUUUAUGAGUUUUCGAUAAGACUUGAAAAGGCUUUGAAGAGUUUAUUAGAGUCUCUGACCUGCCCCCCCUACACCCCAACACAACACCUGGAGCGAGAGCAAGCUUUGGCUAAAGAGUUUGCUGAAAUUCUGCACUUUACUCUCCGCUUUGAUGAACUGAAGAUGCGGAAUCCUGCAAUCCAGAAUGACUUCAGUUAUUACAGGCGGACGAUAAGUCGAAACAGGAUAAAUAACAUGCAUCUGGACAUCGAAAAUGAAGUGAACAAUGAAAUGGCAAACAGGAUGUCCCUAUUCUAUGCUGAAGCCACACCAAUGCUGAAAACCCUUAGCAAUGCCACUACCAGCUUUGUAUCCGACAAUAAAACAUUACCCAUUGAAAACACCACAGACUGUUUGAGUACAAUGGCCAGUGUGUGUAAAGUAAUGCUUGAAACACCGGAGUACAGUAGUCGGUUCACCAGUGAAGACACUCUCAUGUUUUGUAUGAGGGUAAUGGUUGGUGUAAUAAUCCUUUAUGACCACGUUCAUCCAGUUGGUGCUUUUUGCAAGACGUCAAAGAUUGAUAUGAAAGGAUGUAUAAAAGUAUUGAAAGAGCAACCCCCAGAUUCCGUUGAAGGACUUUUAAAUGCACUCAGGUUUACCACAAAGCACCUGAACGAUGAAUCAACUUCGAAACAGGUCCGGGCGAUGCUUCAGUAAAGUCCUGCGCUUGAAGAGGAUUCUUUUACUGACCUCAGAAGAUGUAUAUGUUUACAUAAUUUAAUACAGAUUGAUGUUAAUACUUAUGUGUAUUUACAUAGUCAUUACCCCCUCGUCACUGAACCUUAGGCUUGUAUUCCUGUCCCUAACCUAUCCGGUGCCAGUGCUGCCCUCAGCGGUUUCACCAAAAUGCUCUGAGGACUUUUCAGAAGCCCACCGGGUGAUUAAUCUGACUGACUUAGCACAAUUUUUGCAAUUACAUGCUAUUAUUAUAUUUGACUUGCGAAUUGAACUUUUUUUUUUUCUUUUACCAAAGUGCUUAAACCAUACUUUAAAUUGGUGUGAAUUGAUUGAUUGUA